CUCUGCUAGCCACUGGGCGCGCUGACCCGCGGGCUUCAGCUGGCUGGCGCAUGUGGGGGUGCGCGGCGCAGCGGCUCUGCCCGCGGGGGCUGCGGCGGCGCGGCCGUGGGGCGCUGCUGACGCUAUUGACGCUGCUGGCCCUGGCCGGACUAGGCUCGGUGUUGCGAGAGCGGCGCGGGUUCAGGGGUGCCGAGCCGGGAGCCCAGAGCACCCCAAGACCCUGGAGUGCCCAGCGUUCCGGGCGUCGCGACCCGGUGUUGGCGCGGCCGCCGCUGGAGAACAACGCUCUGGGCGCGCAGGGCGAGGCGGUGCGGUUGCAAUUGGAGGGCGAGGAGCUGCGGCUGCAAGAGGAGAGCGUGAGGCUGCACCAGAUCAACAUCUACCUUAGCGACCGCAUCUCGCUGCACCGCCGCUUGCCUGAGCGCUGGAACCCGCUGUGCAAAGAGAAGAAAUAUAAUUAUGAUGAUUUGCCCACUACAUCUGUUGUCAUUGCAUUUUAUAACGAAGCCUGGUCAACUCUCCUCCGGACAGUUUACAGUGUCCUCGAGACAUCCCCAGACAUCUUGCUGGAAGAAGUGAUCCUCGUGGAUGACUAUAGUGAUAGAGAGCACCUGAAGGAGCGCCUGGCUGACGAGCUGGCCAAGCUGCCCAAGGUGCGCCUGAUUCGGGCCACCAAGCGGGAGGGCCUGGUGCGCGCCCGGCUGCUGGGGGCCUCCGUGGCGAAGGGCAAGGUGCUGACUUUCCUGGACUGCCACUGCGAAUGCCACGAGGGCUGGCUGGAGCCGCUGCUGCAGAGGAUACACCAAGAGGAGAAAGCUGUGGUGUGCCCUGUGAUCGAUGUGAUUGACUGGAACACCUUUGAGUACUUGGGGAACCCCGAGGAACCUCAGAUCGGCGGUUUUGACUGGAGGCUGGUGUUCACGUGGCAUGUGGUUCCUGAGAGGGAGAGGAAGCAGAUGCGGUCCCCUAUCGAUGUCAUCAGGUCUCCAACAAUGGCUGGUGGACUAUUUUCUGUGAGUAAGAAAUACUUUGAAUAUCUGGGGUCUUAUGAUACAGGAAUGGAAGUUUGGGGCGGAGAAAACCUCGAAUUCUCCUUUAGGAUCUGGCAGUGCGGUGGGAUCCUGGAGACACACCCGUGUUCUCACGUCGGCCACGUUUUCCCCAAGCAAGCACCCUACUCCCGCCAAAAGGCUCUGGCCAACAGUGUCCGUGCAGCUGAAGUGUGGAUGGAUGAAUUUAAAGACCUCUACUACCAUCGCAAUCCCCACGCCCGCUUGGAACCUUUCGGGGACGUGACGGAGAGGAAGCAGCUCCGUAAGAAGCUCCAGUGUAAGGACUUCAGGUGGUUUUUGGAGAAUGUGUAUCCAGAGCUGCACGUGCCUGAAGACAGGCCUGGCUUCUUCGGGAUGUUCCAGAACAAAGGACUUCAAGGCUACUGCUUUGACUACAAUCCUCCCAAUGAAAACCAGGUGGUGGGACACCAGGUCAUCCUGUACCCCUGUCAUGGGAUGGGCCAGAACCAGUUUUUUGAGUACACAUCCCAGAAUGAGCUGCGCUACAACACCCGCCAGCCAGAGGCCUGCUUAGCGGUGGAAGCGGGAGCCGAUACUCUCACCAUGCAUCUCUGCCAGGAAACUGCCCCGGAGAAUCAGAAAUUCUUCUUGAAGGAGGAUGGUUCUUUUAUUCACAAACAGUCUAAGAAAUGUGUCCAGGCUGAGAAGCACAGAGAGAGUGUCAUUCCUGUCCUGCGAGACUGCACCACCUCAGCACAUCAGCAGUGGUUCUUCAAGGAACGCAUGUUAUAGGGUGUGACCGACACCCCCGGGGUGGCGCCCGGACUCUCUGCAGAGAGACUCAGCAACUUGCCCCCGAACCCCGCCCACCAACAUGGCUGCGCUUCGCUUAUGAAAGUGAAGCUGGAACUAAUAACAAUGUGAAUAAACUUGUACUUAUUUUGCCGACUUUAAUAUUGUUCCUCAACACCCUGUUUUCAAAGGGUAAUUAUAAAAAGUUGACGGUUGGCUUGCAGAGAAUUAAAACCUUUAAAUAUUUUUCUAUCAUGUAUAUUCUGCUGUGCCUUUUUAUUCCCCCUGGCAAAAAGGGAAAUGUCUUGGGUUGGCAUUUGCAAGGAGUGCCAGGUAGGAAGAUAUUUGCAGAUGUGGAGUUUAGACUCCACUGCACUUUGCACAAACUGCUAACACCUCGAAAUUGGGUUGUGUUUCCCCCAGUAUAACAGGUAGACUCUAGGAGAGUUGUGUCACUGGAAUCUUCUAGAUUUAUUUAAAAAGCAAUACUGUUUGGUCUUGUGUACUGCCAUAGUCAAAACUCAGAUGUAUGUCAGCCAAAAAGGACUAAUCAGAGCUGAAGCCUCAUGGGGACAAGUUAGCUGUCCAAGGUCCUCUAAACUUCUAUCACACAGGGUAGGUGGA